CCAACUUACAAACGAAAAACUGUAGUUUUGACAUAUCAAAACACGAUUUGUUUACAUUUGAACUGUCUCAAAUAUAAACAUAAACAAGAUUCGUAUAAAUCUUUGUAGAUAUACUUACCACAAGAAUCAUGGAUAAAAUAAUACCUGCGAUUCCAGAAGCGGUAAGAGAACAACCUCCUAUUUCAUCUGAAGAAUUACAAAAAAUGCUCCACGUUUGGUUUGAAAAUAAAGGACUUUUAACAGAUUUGCGGUGUCACUUGCGGUCGAAAAUGGUGGAAAUAUUGAAAGAUACUACCAUGGGCAAUACGGUACAAACGUCCAAACCGGCAAAUUUGACUGAGCAAGCUGUAAAUUUAAUCGUGGCCGAAUAUCUCGUCCGCAACAACUGUCACUAUUCCCUCUCAAUGUUCACGACUGAAGUGUCGCUAACAAAACAAUUUGACACUUCAACUAUGCAUCAAAAUUGGCAGUUCACAAAAGAAAAUUUACUCAGCAUCCUAGAAUUGAAUGGCAUUCCAAAAUACAGUGUCCAAUGUGAACAGAUUUUGCAACUUUAUUAUGGAUGCAAUGGAAACCUUUCACUUUUGACCACUCUAAUUAGAGUCUUAAGUGAAGUACUUAAGACACAACUUCAUAAAUUACCUGAAACUCCACCUGCACCUCCACUAAAUGGACAAGAUGCAACGUUUCUACAGUUAUUUAAGAAUAUGCUCAAUUCAAUAAAUCUACCCCCUUAUAUUACAACACAAAUAGUAAAGGUUGUACAUAAUCAUUUUGGUCAUGUGGUGAAACAAAAAGAUGAAGAGUUGAAAACUGCCAUGCAGAAUAUGACAGAGAAACUAAAUUUUAAAGAAAAUAAAUUACUUGAAAUGACUAAAAUCAAUGAGUGUAUACGAAGUAAAUUGGUGAAAAAAGUGCAGGAGAACAAAGAUUUGAAAAUCAAAAUUAAUAGUAUCAUAUCAAGAGAAAAAGAAAUAAGGAAAGAGUUGAAGAAAAGGACAAGAGAUAAAUAUGAUAGGUCAGUUCAAUGUUGUUUUUCAGAAGAGCCUUGUAGAUUAAGUCAUUGCGGCGACGGUUGUCUGAAUACGAUAGGCAUUGUUGAAGGUUUGAAGCAAGAAAACGAUCGACUAUUGAAAGAAACAUCCAAACAAAGGUAUAAGAUCCACGAUUUACAGCAGCGAUUCCAACAAUUAAUGCGGGAGUUUCAAAUGACGGGCAGUAAAAUGAAUUUGUUGUGCAAUAAAAUCGACGGAGAAGAGGCAAAUCAUAGUGGUGAAAGUUCCCCCUCAAGUAGCGAACCAAGGACCACGGAUUCGUUUAUGGAACCACUCAGAAAACGGGUGGAUUUAAUGUGCAGACAGGAUAGAGACGUUAAUACCAGUGUCGAGUCGAUAACCGACGAUGUCAUAUUGCAAGCCAAACUCAAACUGAAAGAGUUGGAAAAGGAGAGUGAGGAAAUGACUUCUAGGUUCAGCAAGUACAUCAACUUGGCUAAUUUAUGAUUGAUUCUAGGUUUCAUUAAUAAAUUUUUUACCACACACCA